UCACACAGUGGGCGGGACUAAGGCAGAAGGUGCGGUGCGAGGGACUCAGUUGACGUUUGUGUACGUUGCGUCGGAAGUUUAGCCGUCAAAACAGACGAAAGGCUUCUUCAUCCGCAUUGGAUACGAGGCGCAAAGAUCCAGGAGGCAUUUAGGAAAGAUAAGUGUCAGAUUGCGUCGUGGUUUUCUAUUUGAUUUGAUUUAAUCGCUGUUGUUGCGUGAAUUUACAUAACCAGCUUUGCCCGUGCUUUGGCGGGGGACAUUUUGAUCGGACAGCAAACUCGCUAAAAGCAUCACUUGUUGCAAUUUUGGGUUGAGAUUAUGUCUUUUGGGUGCAUCAUAGCGUAAAAAAAAUCUAAAUUGGCGGAAUUUUGCUUGAUUUUUGACCCCUUUUCGAAAAACAAGUUACACAACGAGGCUGCCUUUUUGGUUAGACGCGCAAGUCCUAGCGCCCGCCGGGUUGCCUGUCACGUUGCCGUGCAGCGCGUGUCGCACUUAAGGGCCAAAUGGUUCCGAUUCUGACCCGUUCUAAAUUCUUUGUCAACAUGGAAAAGGUUUUAUUAGAACAAGGUUAACUCCUACACACCUUGGCCAGGCUAUUCACAGAUUCCAGAAAUACCUUUUUGUGUCUGGAUUUUGCGUUCGUAUCAAUACAUCAGAACAGUCAGAGAAAUAAAAGGACAUUUCCAGUCUUGAGGCCUCCAUCCAUUUGAGUGAUGGUCGUGAAUACGAUCCACUGGUUCAGGAAGGGCUUGCGGCUCCACGACAAUCCGGCCCUCAAGGAGUCCCUGCUCGGGGCCGACACCGUCCGCUGCAUCUACAUUCUCGACCCCUGGUUUGCAGGCUCGUCCAACGUGGGCAUCAACAGGUGGAGAUUCCUGCUGCAGAGUCUAGAGGACCUGGACUCGAACCUACGCAAGCUCAAUUCCCGUCUGUUUGUGAUCCGGGGCCAGCCCACCGAUGUCUUUCCGAGACUCUUCAAGGAGUGGAACAUAUCCCGCCUGUCUUACGAGUACGACUCGGAGCCCUUCGGGAAGGAGCGGGACGCCGCCAUCAAGAAGCUGGCCUCCGAGGCCGGCGUGGAGGUGACAGUGCGCAUCUCGCACACCCUCUAUGAUCUCGACAAGAUCAUCGAGUUGAACGGCGGGCAGUCGCCGCUCACCUACAAACGCUUCCAGAGCCUCAUCAGCCGCAUGGACCCCGUGGAGGUCCCGGCCGAGUUCAUCACGGCCGACGUGAUGGGGAAGUGCAACACGCCGCUGUCAGAGGAUCACGACGACAAGUUCGGGGUGCCGUCGCUGGAGGAGCUGGGUUUCGACACCGAGGGCCUGUCGUCGGCCGUGUGGCCCGGAGGCGAGUCGGAAGCCCUCACCAGACUGGAGCGCCACCUGGAGAGAAAGGCUUGGGUGGCCAACUUUGAGCGUCCUCGCAUGAACGCCAACUCGCUGCUGGCCAGCCCCACCGGCCUCAGCCCCUACCUGCGAUUCGGGUGUCUCUCGUGCCGCCUCUUCUACUUCAAACUCACCGACCUCUACCGAAAGGUGAAGAAGAACAGCUCGCCGCCGCUGUCGCUGUACGGCCAGCUGCUGUGGCGCGAGUUUUUUUACACGGCGGCCACCAACAACCCGUGCUUCGACAAGAUGGAGGGCAACCCCAUCUGCGUGCAGAUCCCGUGGGACCGCAACGCCGAGGCGCUGGCCAAGUGGGCCGAGGGACGAACCGGUUUCCCCUGGAUCGACGCCAUCAUGACGCAGCUGCGCCAGGAGGGCUGGAUCCACCACUUGGCCCGACACGCCGUGGCCUGCUUCCUGACCCGCGGAGACUUGUGGAUCAGCUGGGAGGAGGGCAUGAAGGUGUUUGAGGAGCUGCUGCUUGACGCCGACUGGAGCGUCAACGCCGGCAGCUGGAUGUGGCUCUCCUGCAGCUCGUUCUUCCAGCAGUUCUUCCACUGCUACUGCCCGGUGGUGUUCGGGCGCCGCACCGACCCCAACGGCGACUACAUCCGCCGCUACCUGCCCGUGCUGCGAGGCUUCCCGGCCAAGUACAUCUACGACCCGUGGAACGCGCCCGAGGCGGUGCAGAAGGCGGCGCGCUGCAUCGUGGGCGUGCACUACCCCAAGCCCAUGGUGCACCACGCCGAGGCUAGCCGCCUCAACAUCGAGCGCAUGAAGCAGAUCUACCAGCAGCUCUCCUGCUACAGAGGCCUCGGUCUCCUGGCGUCCGUUCCGACCACCUCCAACGGAAACAAUAAAGGCUCGUCGGACGUGAUGGGCUACGAAGCGCCUCACGCCGCCGCCGCCCCUUCCGGCUACCCGGCGGCGGGUCAACCGCAGGCCGACUGGCAGAACGGCGGCGUCAUGAUGUACCUGCAGGCCGACUCGCAAGCUAGCGCCGGCGCGCACCAGCAAGGCUACGUCAGCUCCAGUAUGAUGUGCUACCCUCAAGGCAGCCGCCAGAGUCCCGCGCUUCGCAAAGGAAUGGAGCAUCACUCCAGCAACGCUCUCAUGAGCAGCAAGCGUCACUGCGAGGACUCGGGAAACAGCAAAAGCUCAAAAGUCCAGAGACACUAACUCAGGACAGAGAGAGGACAAAAAAAAAAAAAGAAAAAAGUUUGUCCUUUUACUCUCGCGUCACCUUUACACGCCACAAUUCAUUUCCAAUACUCAUAUUUUGUCUUUUGCACCUUGCAGUCAUUUGUUGAAAUGCCGACAUCCCGGGAGAACGUCGUGCUAUUUCUUCAUCGAAGGGUUGAAUGCAAAAAAAGUUGUCGUGUAUAUAAAGAACCCCCCCCAAAAAAAACCUCACAUACAAGUUGUACAUAUUUGACUAUAUUGUAUGUGUCCUCUCUCUUUGUGUAGCAUCAUAGAUCCAUUAUAUAUAUUUUUGAUAUGAUAAAAAAAACCUAAAGAGUCAUUAAUGGAUGUUUUUUUCUUGGGGGGGGUGAUGCUCUCCAAUAAAGGGCCCAAAAAAAAGGAUGAAAAAUGUUGCUGUCUGGUUCACUUCCUCCCAUUUGAGCCUAUUUAAUGGCUUCAGUGCUUGUUGACUGCUUGUGUUUUCCACUGUGGAUGCAAAAUCACUUUGACCUUUUCAUGACCUAUGACACCUUGCCACCGUUGUAUAUAUGAACUAUUACUUCAAACAAUUGAUUGUAAAUGUGCUUGUUUCAUUAAAAUAACUUAAAAAUA